UUCAUACAACUUCUUGACAACUGACAUAUUUGUGGAGUUCAUAAUUUAAUAUGGAGCCAUUUGUAGACAAAGCAAUACCUGUGCAAAUUACAGUUUCGCGUGGUAAUAAUCUGAAGGGCAACAAGCCCAACGAGUCUUUCCUCAACUUUGUCCGUGCCGAAUUCAAUGGCCAAGUCCUGGGGGAUUCCCAGAAGCUUGAUGCGUCCGUGGACCUGGGAGUAAAUUACAACUUUACCUGCAGCUUUGAGUGUUCAGAGGCUGCUGACACAUUGGAUGAUAUGGCACAUAAACCAGUCAUACUGACAGUGAUUGAGAUCCUUCCCAAGGAAAAGAAAGAGAAGACUGCAGUCGUAGGUCAAGCUGUUGUCGAUCUGCUGCCUCUUUUGCAUGGUCAGUGCAGCAUCUCAUCCACUGUGCUACUCCAUCCCACCCCUGGUUCAUCUGCCGAGGUUGCUUACCAGGAAGGCAGCAGUAAGCCAUCUUUAGAUGUGAUCAUCUGUGUGCCAGAGCCUCUGCUCUCUGUUGUCCAACUGUCAGAAUCCAACCUGUUGAAGGUGACGGUGGAGGCAGCCUACUCCAUCCCGGAAGUAUGGAACCCUGCUUUGGGGUCCGACUAUGUGGCUGCACUGCAGAUACCCCUCACAGCCGAGAAAGAGGAAACAUUGUGGUUUUCCAACGGGUUACUGAAAGUAGGUGGAGAGAGAGAAACUGUAGGCAGGCCCAGGAAGUGGCCUCUGGGGCCCCUGUUGGCGCCUGGAGCUCAGUUCAUCCCAGCGUUGUCCAUUGAGGGAGACCCCAUCGAGCUGGAGGAUGGAGACCUGACCAGCAUAGAGGAUAGAGAUUUCCGUAUUGACGCUGAGACUAACAAAAAGAGAGUAAGCUGGGACACGGAGCGACGCUGCUUCCUGGAUGCAGGGGGUGCUGUCUGCUUGACCCGUAGGAUAGGGAAGAGUCGACUGUGGCCGGUGGAGGUCAUGAGGUCCAUGCAGGCUGGAGCCCCGAAGGGAGGAAAACCUGGAAAACCGGCAACGCAAGCUGAGGAUGAGUCCCAGAUCUCCUUCCACGGUGUGGCUUACGUCGACAUGGCCCCUCUAUUGUAUCCCGGGGCGAGACGUAUCCGAGGAGCUUACCGUCUCUACCCCUUCUACGACUCUGAGCUGCUAGCUAAGGCUAAGCGCAAUGUCAGCGUUCUGAAGGAGAGCGCCAGGGCCCCCGCCACGCAGGGAAGAGGCCGAGCUCCUUCGUCCGUGGGGUCCUGCAAGGCCGCCCCCAGCAAGACCUUCGACAACCUCAAGGGCGGGAAGGACACCAAGGAAUCUCCCAAAAAACCAGGGGCUACGGUGAAGCCUACUACAGCUGAGAGUGUGACCGAGGUGGAGCCACAGGUCAACGUGGAGGGCCAGAUGUAUGCAGACUCCAGAACCUACAUAAUCAUCGAAAUAGCUCUGGAGAAGCCCUUGGUGCCCAAGAGACCGCCUGAGGAGCUAGCUCAAAGGGUGAAGGAGCUGCUUCCUCCCAGACCCCCCCUGACUCGCAGACCUGCUGGAGCAGAGAGAGCCAUCCAGGGGUACCACAGCCAGAUUGCCAGUGUGGCGGGCCAGGUUCUGGAGCAGUACAAGCAGCUGUUUGGACCUGCCUUCCUGCCCGGAGGCAAGCCGCUGGAUCCAAAUGCACAGGAAGAGCGCAAGACUCAGCUCCUGGGAGAGCUCAACUACUCUGGAAAGUUCUUUGCUUUCAAAGAGCAGAUGAAGUACUCUGUGGUGAAGAUUGUACGGGAGAAGAUGCUGAGAACUGAGGCCUUCACUGACCCUGAGCAGCUCCAGGCAUUCCUCAGCCAGCUCCAUGUGUUCCUGGUGGAUGAGAUGCACGUGGCUCUCAACAAGACCCUAUCAGUGGAUGCCCAGGAGAGCCAGCCUCGCCCGCAGCUAGACUGUGCCCAGCUGAGGCACUUUGCCAGGGAGGCUCAGCUGAGCGGAGACUACCAGCUGGCUUCUCAGUACUACCAGGAGCAGCUGACUCGAGAGCGCAAUAACCCAUCACACUGGUUUGACUACGGGGCAUUCUACAUGCUGAGUGCUGACUACCUGAAGGCUGAGGAGUGCUUCCACUAUGCUGUGUCCAUAGACCAGGCACACCUGCCCAGCUUGAUGAUGUGUGGGGUCCUGGCAGAGAUGGGUGAGCGCCACGAGGAGGCAGAGAUCUUCUUUGAGAGAGCCACGUGCGUCGACCCCACCAGUGUGGUGGCUUGGACUCUGUUUGGCUUGUUCUACCUGAGCCAGGACAACCCCAUCCAGGCGGAGAUGGCGUUCCUGGAGGCCAGCAAGCAGCAGCGGGCCUGCCUGGUGGUUACUCCACCGUGCAGACCAGACACUGGAGAGGCAGGGCCUGUCGGGGAGGAGGAACCAGAGCAGGCUGUGCCAGAGUCCCCCAGGGCCAACAGGACAGAUGGAGAGAGGGAUGGAGAUGGAGGCAGUGGGAGUGGGGUGCCUGGCUCUCAGAGCAGCCAGGGAAACAGGUCUGGGGAGGACUUUAAUGGAGGGGUGGACCCUGAGCUGGCCACAGCCAGACUGGUAGCCACGCCCACCAGACUCAACUCCACCAUCUACAUGGAGACAGUCCAGUUCCUGUUGCAGAACAACACUCUACAGAUGGCUCAGCGGGCUCUGGCCCAGGAACUGCUGUGUCCAGAGGGGGGCCUGAGUAGCUCCUAUCACCUGGCCAUGGCCAGGCUGCAGCUGCUGAGGGCAGAGUACAGCGGUGCCCAGCUCAGCCUGCAGGAGGCGCUCAAUGACAGCUUCCAGGACCCAGACGUGUGGGCUCUGUAUGGUCACCUGAAUUACCAAACUGGGGAGCACAGGAAGGCUCAGGAGUGCUAUGAGAGGACCCUGGACUUUGUGGUGGAUGCCUCAGACACACAUCCCAUCUACCUGCGCCUGGGCUCAAUAUACCUUGAGGAGGCAAAGUAUGAGAUGGCAAAAAGGACAUAUUUACGUGCCUGCAUGAGCACUCCAUCUUGUCUCACCUGGCUUGGACUGGGCAUCGCUUGUUACCGGCUAGGGGAGCUAACAGAAGCAGAGGAUGCCUUGACCGAGGCUAACAUUUUAAACAAUGGGAACUCCGAGGUGUGGGGUUAUCUGGCACUUGUCUGUCUGCAGACUGGAAGGAGACCUGAGGCUGAGCAGUCCUACAAAUAUGCCGUGAAGCUUAAACUACAGAAAGAGUAUGUUUUGCAAGAGAUUAAGGAGCUACAAGCUCUUGUUGGUUUUGGAAAUCCAAGUUUCUGAACAGGACCCUGCACCAUAAAAUGGAGACCAUAAAUACUUAUUAAUAUGCCUUGGUAUUGUUGUAAUAGAUAUACUGUUGUAUGUAUCAAUUGCUGGUGGCAUUACAUUUACACGCAUGCUUACGAUGCUCGUGACGUACAGAUGGCUUUCAGGCUGUCAAAAGGUUCAAGUAUAAAUCGAUUCCAUUUUCAUAUCGUCCCUAAUUUCGGGAUCAUCUCAAACUACUUCAAAACACUGUGUUGUUCAGGACAGAAAGUACAAUGGAUAUGGAGAACGAGUUUUAUGCAUUCGUAUAUUUAUAAAAGAGUCAGUAGUUAUAGUUAUUGAGGAAUGUUUUCUCAAAUAGUCCCAAUGAUAUUCUAAAGUUACGUAUGUGUGAAUUUAUUCACAUAAAAUGUAUCAUUGAUUAGUGGUGCUAUGUCUUGGUCAACUCUUUAAUGGGGUGGAGGCUGUUGAAGACAUGACUACAGACGAAUAAACUGAAACGAGAUAUGCCAAGUACAGAUGACAUCACAGACAGCUUUAAAGUCUGUGAUGUCAUCAGUACUUCCCAUUCUAGACCAGUCAUUGCCCUGAGACACAGCUGAGACCCCUGAUAAGUCGGACCUGCUUGGAACGCUUGUAUAGUCAGUCUUAGGUUUCAAGGCAAAUACAGCAUAGUAUAUGUGGGUCCAGUAUAGUUCAAUAUGUAAACAAAUUAGUCAGUUUUUAUUUUGCAUGUCCUGAAAUAUGUAACGUUGCGAACGCCAUCACAGUUAUCACGCAGUGUGACCGUUUUGAUGGAAGGUUCUUAAACUGCAUUAGGAUAAACAAUUUUGACUCAUUGUUAAUGUAGCUGUGAAGUAGUGUCACAUCUUGAAUUUCCUUCAGGAUCAAUAAAGUGGGGAAGGA